GUCCAUUAAACCUGACUUUGUCCUGAUGAGGCAGCAUGCCUAUAGCAUGGCCCACAAUGAGGACUUCAGGAACAUGAUCAUCGGCCUGCAGUACGCAGGAGUCCCCAGCAUCAACUCACUGGAGUCCAUCUACAGCCUCUGUGACAAGCCCUGGGCGUUUGCCCAGCUGAUUGCCACCUGUAAGAAGCUAGGCCCUGACAAGUUCCCUCUGAUCGACCAGACCUUCUACCCAAACCACAAGGACAUGAUCUCCAUGCCUUUCCCUGUGGUGGUGAAGAUAGGACACGCACACUCUGGAAUGGGAAAGGUAAAGGUGGAUAAUCUGAGUGACUUCCAGGACAUAGCCAGUGUGGUAGCCAUCACUCAGACUUACACCACCACAGAACCCUUCAUAGAUGCCAAGUACAACAUCAGGGUCCAGCGGAUUGGCAGCGAUUAUAAGGCUUACAUGCGGACCUCCAUCUCUGGGAACUGGAAGAGCAACACAGGAUCAGCCAUGCUGGAACAGGUGGCCAUGACAGACAAGUACAAGCAGUGGGUGGACAUCUGCUCAGAGAUCUUUGGAGGUCUAGAGAUCUGUGCAGUCAAAGCCAUCUGUGGAAAGGAUGGGAAGGACUACAUCACUGAGGUUGUGGGUUCCUCCAUGCAGCUGAUCGGAGAGCACCAGGCAGAGGACAGGCAGCUCAUCUCUGAUCUGGUGCUGACUAAGAUGAACCAGGCUCAGCCAAGGACGGCCGCUCGCUCUCCUGUUCAGAGACCGAAGGAAGUGGCAGAGCCAACCAAGAACCCCGGACAGUGGCGCCAAUCUCAAG